AUGACAGUCUGGUGUGGUAGCAGUCUGGUGGGAUGGUUCAACGUUCCUCCGGUUAGUAUCAAUGUAUCAUCUGGCAGAGACUUCCCGUGUGCGUGUGAGGUGAUGCAUCGCCUCGACGCCUUGAUGAGCCAGGAGGGGGUGAUUGCUUGCGAAAUGAAGUCAGGACAGUUUGAAGUUGUGAAAAAGAAAGUCAGUCAUGCUGAACUACUCCGCACAGAAUGGACAUAUGCUGGGACCCCCGACGAAACUGUCUGGUCUGGUCCAUGUCUGUCCGGUUCCAUUUCAAGGGUUUCUCUGUCGCCCGUAACCGCUGCUGGGUGUCAUGGUCCUGGUCCCAGAUGGUUCUCCUGCAUCAAGAGGCACAACGAGGCACAACGAGGCACAACCUCAGGGGACCCGGGGCGAAGGGCCUCCCGUCGCUACCGAUUACCAAAGAGAUGGCCACUCUGCCGAACCGUCUUGUGUGGACUUGACGCGACCACUUCGAAUAGGACAUGGAUCAAUACUCCGUUGGUACGGAGUGCUUUGUCUGGUGCGCAAAUCUCACGUGGUCAGGGAUCCGUGGUUGUUGGCACUGAACCAUUGGACCAAGUACGGUAA